AUGCCUUCAAGAUACCCCAGUGACGAUGUUGAUGUUUCGCCCCUUGGGGCUCCCAUGCAGUUUGAGUUCAGUGGACGCCAGGCUUCAAACCGCUUCCUGAAGGCUGCUCUGUCUGAGAGAAUGGCCUCUUGGUCUCCGACCGACCCUUCUGCCCGCGGUAUCCCCAGCCAGAAGCUGAUCAACCUUUACCGCCGGUGGGGCGAAGGCCAGUUCGGUCUCAUCCUCACAGCAAACAUUAUGAUCGCAUACGACCAGCUGGAGGCCCCUGGAAAUAUGAUUAUCGAUCUCGAGAACCCAUUCAGCGGCGAGAGAUUCGAGGCAUUCAAGCAAUUGGCCACCGAGGCCAAGAAGCACGGAAGUUUGAUCGUCGGACAAGUCAGCCAUCCCGGUCGUCAGACUUCCGAGCGGGUGCAGCCCAACCCCGUCUCUGCCAGUGAUGUUCAACUGGUGAUGGAGCGUUUCGGCAAGUUCGGCAAGCCCCAUGCAGCCAGCGAGGAUGAGAUUAAGGAGAUCAUUCAGCGUUUUGUCCACGUCGCUGUUUACCUGCAGAAGGCCGGCUAUGAUGGCAUUGAGCUGCACUCCGCCCACGGUUACCUUUUGGCCCAAUUCUUGUCCCAGACAACAAACAAGAGAACCGAUAAGUACGGCGGCAGCCUGGCUAACCGGGCCCGACUCAUCGUUGAAGUUGCCGACGCCAUUCGCGCGGCACUCCCAGAGCCCGGCUUCAUUAUUGGUAUUAAGGUCAACUCCGUUGAGUUCCAAGAGCACGGAUUCACCCCCGAGGAGUCAAAGGAGCUGUGUGAGAUUCUCGACCAGUCCAAGUUUGACUUCGUCGAGCUUUCCGGCGGAACCUAUCAGUCUGGUGCUUUCCAACACAAGCGGGAGUCAUCGCAGAAGCGCGAGUCCUUCUUCUUGGAAUUUGCAGACCUUAUUGCCCCCGCUCUCAAGCGCACCCGCAGUUAUGUGACCGGAGGAUUUUGCACAGCCUCAGGAAUGGUCCGAGCACUCGAUACCGUCGAUGGCGUUGGUCUCGGGCGCUCCAUCACUCAGGAGCCUCACUUGCCGAGAGACCUGCUCGCAGGUACCGUCAAGAGCGCUAUUCAGCAGAAGAUCGAUCCCCAGGACUUCUUCAAGACCAGCCCUGCGGCUGGUGCGCACAUGUUGCAGAUCGCGCACGACCAAGAGCCUAUUGACUUGAGUGACGACAAGAACAUGGAAGUCUUCCUGAAGACAGUUGGCGAAUGGUUCCAGGAAAUGCAGAGCGACACCACAGGAACCCUCUGCGAAUAUCCUCGCUUGCCCACUGGUCAAUCAUUCCAAAGCCAUCUUUGA